AUGGAGAACCAGCGCCGCGACGACUCGCCAUCGGGUCUGUCAGAUAUCGUCGAGGGCGAUGGCCUUCUGGGCACCGGCUUAACGACUCGUCACCUUGAGGCAUUUGGAAGAAAAGUCACAACCACCGCAGGACACCUGAUGGGACCGGGCGAACAGAACAGCGCCCACUUGCACAAUGCUAUGACCGACAUCCACCGCGAGCUCCGGCGACCGGCCACGCAGCGCAAGGUGUUCUCUCUAACGCAAACAACACCGACCGACCUUGUCCGCUCAAAGCUUUCGACUACCGAGAUCCAGUCGCGUGCGCUUUCAUCCCUCCCGGAUGAUCUUCUUGCCAACAUCCCCGAAGACACCAGCUCCUACUCCCUUUUCCAAGGCUUUCAGGCCUCCGUUCCCGAAGAAGAGCAUGAGAAGAAGCGACACCGAAGGCGUACCUCCAAGGGGAAGCUUUUGAAGGACGUUGAGAGAGGUGGCACCUUGACUGCCGGCCCGGCCGGGCUAAAGGGCCAGCGGAAAUCACUGAGUCGCAAAUUGGAGUUGAUGGGAAUCCGGAAGAACAUGUGCAGCGCGGAGAUCCAUGAAAUCGAUAACAAGGUCGCCAACUUGCACAAAAUGCGCAAGAUUGUUCUCGAUCGAUUGGCCGCCUUGGAAAUGGAUGAAGCGGGAUUGGAGCAAGAACUGACGGAGCUCGAUAAUAAAUUGGAAGACUUCCCAGAAGAGGAGGAAUCACAGGACACACCAGUUGCAACGCCGCGGUCAGACGGACAGGACGGUUCGAUCGCAUCGUCGGGAGAUCCAGCGAUGGAUGCUUCGUUCAUGUCAGAAUCUAUUUACGAGAAGAUUCCCUCACCUUCACCAAAAAGUCUACGACAUAAAUCUAAUCGGAAACGGUCGAUGCCAAUUCUACAUGAACACUUCGCCCCGGGCUCUCUGAUCAAGGAAAUAGAAGCGCACACCGACAUGGUCACAGCCAUCGACUUUGACUAUCCAUUCGGUACUAUGGUCAGCGCUGCACUAGAUGAUACCGUGAGAGUUUGGGACAUGAAUGUUGGCCGGUGCUCCGGUUUCUUGGAGGGACACAAUGCCUCGGUGCGAUGCCUGCAAGUCGAGGAUAACAUCGUGGCCACGGGAUCUAUGGAUGCGUCUGUCAAGCUGUGGGACCUGAGCCGUGCUCGGCCCGCGACCCGGGAUGGACGGCUUAACAAACACGAGCGGGACCAAGAAGAGGGAGCCUCGGAGCACAACUUCCCAGUACCGCCAUCCUCCAACCUUGAAGACUGUAAUGUAUUCUCGCUAGAGGCACACGUUGAUGAGGUGACAGCGCUUCAUUUCAAGGGUGACACCCUUGUCUCAGGUUCUGCAGACAAGACACUCAGACAAUGGGAUCUAGUCAAAGGCCGCUGUGUCCAAACUCUGGACGUUCUGUGGGCGUCCGCCCAGGCAUCGUCGUCCAUGAUGGGAGACUCCGACUGGCGACCAUCGGGUCGCAUGCCCGAUGCUUCGGCCGACUUCAUUGGUGCAGUGCAGUGCUUUGACGCUGCGCUGGCUUGCGGUACAGCAGAUGGUAUGGUUCGUCUCUGGGAUUUGCGCAGUGGCCAUGUCCACCGGAGUCUUGUAGGACACACGGGGCCAGUCACAUGCCUUCAAUUUGAUGAUGUGCAUCUGGUCACGGGUAGUCUCGAUCGCAGUAUUCGGAUUUGGGAUCUACGUAUGGGCUCUAUAUAUGACGCUUAUGCCUACGAGAAGCCUAUCACCGACAUGAUGUUCGAUGCCAAACGAAUCGUAGCCGCUGCCGGAGAGGGUGUGGUUAAGGUCUAUGACAAGGCUGAUGGCAACCACUGGGACUGCGGUCCAGGUGUUGGGCUUGACGACGAUGGGCCAUUCCCUGCCACCGUCGAGCGGGUUCGUCUUAAGGACGGCUACCUUGUGGAGGGCCGUAAAGACGGCACCAUGGCUGCCUGGACAUGUUAG